UGGCGAAGGCCGGCGUCGGGGGCGCUCGCUCGGAGGACUGCUGCUGCUGCCGUGACUCCUCCUAGAGGUGGUAUGUGGAGAAGGAUCCCCCCUCCGCUCCCAGCCACCGGCCUCUAGAGCCGCCGCCGCCGCCAUUGAAACCAUACAAUCCCCGCGACGGGAGGCGAGGCGAGGUAGGAAGGAGGCACUGCGGCACUCCGCGGAGAAGGGCAGGUCUUGCAUUUAGAACAAGUAAAGUAAAUAUUGUCUGCCAUUGGACUGAAAAACUCAAGGUGGCAACAUGUCGGCCAGAGGUGGAAAGAAGAAAAUGUCCAAAAUGUCACGCUCCAGCAGAGCAGGUGUUAUUUUUCCUGUGGGAAGAAUGAUGCGAUACUUGAAGAAAGGAACAUACAAAUAUCGGAUAGGUGUGGGAGCUCCUGUCUACAUGGCAGCUGUCAUAGAAUACCUAGCAGCAGAAAUAUUGGAAUUAGCUGGUAAUGCCGCAAGAGACAACAAAAAGGGAAGAAUUGCUCCAAGACACAUUCUUCUGGCAGUUGCCAAUGAUGAGGAGCUAAAUCAGUUGCUAAAAGGAGUGACCAUUGCAAGUGGAGGUGUUCUGCCCAGAAUUCACCCAGAGCUUCUUGCCAAAAAACGAGGCACCAAAAGCAAAUCUGAUACUAUCCUUUCACCUUCUCCAGAGAAGAGAGGGAGGAAAUCUUUGGGGACCAAGAAGACUGGAAAGAAAGCAAAAGCUUCCAAAGCCCGGACACCAAAAAAGAGCAAACAGAAGGAGAAUGAAAAAGAAGGAUCAUCAAAUUCAUCAGCUGAUGAUGGACCUGGAGAUGGAUUCACUAUUCUCUCCUCCAAGAGCCUUGUUCCAGGACAGAAGCUGUCUCUGACACAAAGCGACAUCAGUCAUAUUGGUAUUAUGAAAGUAGAAGGCAUUGUGCACCCAACUACUGGUGAAAUAGAUCUCAAGGAGGAAGUAGGCAAAGCACUGGAAAAGGCUGGAGGUAAAGAGUUCUUAGAAACAGUAAAGGAACUCCGUAAAUCACAAGGCCCUCUGGAAGUCACAGAAGCUGCUCUCAGUCAGUCCACUGGCCUUGCAGCAAAGUUUGUUAUUCAUUGUCACAUCCCACAAUGGGGCUCAGACAAAUGUGAAGAACAACUGGAGGAAACUAUAAAGAACUGUUUAACUGCUGCAGAAGACAAGAAGUUGAAAUCUGUGGCUUUCCCUCCUUUCCCAAGUGGCAGAAAUUGCUUUCCAAAACAGACUGCAGCCCAGGUGACUCUCAAAGCGAUUUCUUCCUAUUUUGAUGACUCCAGCCCUUCUUCCUUGAAGAACAUAUACUUCCUGCUUUUUGACAGCGAGAGCAUUGGCAUUUAUGUGCAAGAGAUGGCAAAACUGGAUGCAAAGUAGUCACAAAAGCCAAAUGAAGUUUUAUUUUUCAACAUGAAUGGAGUAGGAAUGAGAAUUAGAAUUGGGUUUUAUUUUUAAAAUAUUGUGAGGACGGAGUAUGUGAGUAGAUUUGAAGUUCUGUGAUGGGUGGAGGGCUUUUGUUAUGGAAAACCGGGGGUGGGGUGGGGGCGUGUUUGGGAGAGUUUGAUCUGCAAUUAUACCAUGCUUUAGAUACACUCUACCAUUUUGUAUGUUCCCAAGAAGUUACGUUGCCAGCUCUCUACAUUUUAAUAUGUCUCAAGUUAUUUUAGUUUAGGCCUUUGUAAAGUUUAAUCUUUAGAGUGGUUGAGAAAAAAAAAAGAAUUGUUUGCUUCACAUUCUUUUCCCUCCAGUAGUUAGAAAACCUUCUGUUGUGUCUACAUUCCAUGUUGAGAAAGUAAUUUCAAAGGAAACUCACUUGGUGCUUUACUGUUUUACCCCAGAAUGACCUGUAAUUGCUGAAAAUACUUCAUCUUGUUGUUUUUAUAAAAAAAAAAUGGCAGCAUGCUUUUUUAAAACUUUAAA